AAAUACGAUAAAUACAUUUUUGAAAAAUGAUAAAAUGAAGAAUAAAAUAUAUUAUUCUUAGUAUUAUUUUUAAAUUUAAAUAGCUUUUGGAUUAUGAGGAAGGGACCAGAAUAUUUUACUGUACAUGGCCAACCACGCCGUACAAACAACAACGUGGAAAGUUUUCAUUCGUCCCUAAAACAAACUUUUCAGGUACUGCAUCCAAACCUGUGGACUUUUCUAGAACAUCUGAAUAACAUAAUUACCAAGCAGCACACCAUUGUAGGACAACUGGCUAGGGGUGUGCCAACAACAAGGUCCACUAAAUUUAAAUAUAUUUUAAAUACAGUGAGAAUAAAAAAUUCCACAGCGCUUUUAACGACUGGUGCAAUAACUGUAAAAGAGUUCCUCAUUCAAUGCUCUCAUGCCGCAGACUCUUAUUUGGAACGAGAAUUGAACUGGGAAAAUGAAGCUCAAAGCUCUGAUGAAGAAGUACCAAUUAUGUAUCCACGACAAAAUGCCAUCCUAGUUGUGGAAGAUAACCCAGCCAUUGAAAAUGCUGUAAACAUCAUUGAGCCACCCAUUGCUGGAAAUAAUGUAAUUCCAGUUGAACAAAUUAUUCAGGAACCAGAAGUCGAUAUUGUAGAAGGUAAUAUC